AUGGGGGACGAGUUGAGGCGGCGCACGGCGCAGCUGCUGGCCGACUACCUGGAAAACUGCGCCCGGGUGCCCGGCACUGAGGAGCGGCAACCGUCCACGCUCGAGGCCGCCUUGCUGCGCUACUUCGCCGAGAAGGUCCAACAGCGUUACCAAUUCACUUGGUCCCGCUUCCGCGGAUUUCGGGGAAACCGCCUGCGGCUGGUGGCGGAUGUGGCACGGCAGAUAGUCCAAGACCGCGGAUUCCCCAGCUGGGGCCGCGUGGUGGUGCUCGUGGCUUUCGCGGGGAUCCUGCUGGAGAGACGGCCCCAAAGCCAUUCGUCGAAACUGAAGGGGUGGAAGGCAGAAGCAGACGUGGGCUCGGACUGCCAGAGGCUGGUAGACUUUCUGUGCGACUGGCUCACCGUGGAGCACCGCGCCUGGCUGGAGGCACAGGGCGGCUGGGACGGCUUCUGUUGCACCUUCAUGCCCGUAGUGAGAUUUACUUGGAACACACUGCUGGUCCGGGUUCUUCUCUCAAGCUUUGUAGCGACAAUAUUAACCUAUAUGUGGCCAAAAUGAUUGUGAGUUACCAAAUUUUUAAUCCACACCUACCUGCCUAACGGUGACCAGCCAAGUAAAUUUGGGAUGUUACAGAACAGAACAGAGUAAAGACCCUUCUGGGACAUUUUUAGCUGCAUUUCUAUAAGGAGUCCUGCAGCAAUGAUUCAGCAGGUGUUUUAACUCUUGACAAAUACUCAAAGGUGUUGGGACAGAGCCACCUGAGUGGCUCUUCUGUGCCUGGGGAAAACAGGAAUCUAAAGGCUUCCCGCACCAAAGAAUUGUAAAGUGCAUUUCACAGAAUGGGAAACCUGGUGCUACAUUUAGAUAAAUAUGAACAAGACACUCUCAUCUACCCACAGUUUCAAUGCUACUGCUGACUAAUUUAUCAAGGCAAUGGGCCAGGGGGGAAAUGGUGACAUGGCAUCAGAAGUGCUCCAAGUACCAGUC